UCGACAUUGAUAGGAGAAAUUUGCCACUCAUAAAAAUUAUUUUGACAUCAACAGACAACCGGCCCACAUUCACAAAUGGAAAUUUUAUUUCGAUAAUAACGUUUAAGGAUUUGUCCAAUCUGUCACCAUAGGAAAAAUUUUCGACUGGCAAAACAAUUUUUGGAAAUCAAAAUCUUCAAAAAAAGUCUAAUAUAAUUUCAGACCCCUCCAGUACAACCGUUGUUGUUGAAUCAACUAGGAUUCCAGAAGAAAAUUUCAAAUGCAAAUAGUUCGGUCAAUGAAUCAGCACAAAAUGUUUCAUUGGAUGAAUUUUCGUAGUGAACCAAAAAAGGCUACAGUGACAGAGCAGGCAUUUGAGAUUAUCAAUAUAUUCUUUCGGAGGUUCUUCGCUACAGGGAGUUGGUUUCUGUAUUUCUUAGCUUUGCUUUUCUUGAUUGUAGGAGUUGUCUAUUUUUUCAUUGACGAGGCAAGGAAGCGUAGUUUGCUAGAGCGAAGGCGGGAAAUUCGCCGAUCUCAUGAGCGUCCGCCCCAAAAAAGACGUCCUGGAGCUAUAGCUCGUAAUCAUGAAAUUUACCGUACUGUGAUGGGAAAAGUUAAGGAAUACAUCGAACCCAAUAUCAAUCAAACAUGCGUUUUCCGGCAGACCCGAAGCGGAACUAUCUAUGGACAAGUAGUUGAUCCCAAUGAGACGAACAAAGACUGUCCACGAAGAGACACAAGGGAAGAGAAGAGUUCUGAAGUAAAUAUAGGAAGUAGUGAAGUGCCAGGAUUGAUUCUUCACUGAUGGUUACACAUCCAUAAUUGUAGAUACAAAUCACAUUGUCAGCAUUAUUCUAAUACUCAAAUUUUCCCGAGCCUUUGUAUAUACUAUCCAGAAUAAACAUACAUCUACAUUGCACUGAGUACAAAUUAUCA